AUGGCUCUCUACGGCGCACCCCCAGAACCUGCCACCCUCCUGGGCCACUACCGCAAGCUCGCGCCACGCGCCGCAAUCCACGUCUCCCCACUCUGCCUUGGAGGCAUGAGCAUCGGCGACGGGUGGUCGAACCACGGGAUGGGCUCCAUGGACAAGGCGUCCUCGUUCCGCCUACUCGACGCCUACUUCGACGCCGGCGGGAACUUCAUAGACACCGCGAACAUGUACCAGGACGGCUCGUCUGAGAAGUUCAUCGGGGAGUGGCAGGAGCAGCGGGGCAUCCGCGACCAGCUCAUCAUUGCCACGAAGUACACAAAUAACCCAUUUCGAGGGGUAGACGCGAUCGCGCAGAAAGUUAACUACGUCGGCAACAACAUUAAAUCGCUCAAGCUCUCCGUGGACGAGAGCCUCAAGCGGCUCCGCACGGACUACAUCGACAUCCUCUACGUCCACUUCUGGGACCAAGAGACCGACGUCGAAGAGCUCAUGGACGGCCUCCACACCCUCGUCCUCUCUGGCAAAGUCCUCUACAUUGGCGUCUCGGACUUUCCCGCCUGGCUCGUCGUCAAAGCGAACGCCUACGCACGCUUCCACAACCGCACGCCCUUCGCGAUCUUCCAAGCCGCCUACUCCGUGCUCGCGCGCGACAUCGAGCGCGAGAUCCUGCCCAUGUGCCGCCACGAGGGCCUCGCGCUCGCCGUCUUCGGCGUGCUCGCGUCCGGGCACAUCCGCACGGACGCGGAGGAGGCGCGCCGCGCCGCCUCUGGGGUCGGCGGGCGCACGAUCAUGGGCGCCGCGUGGGAGCGCACGCCCGAGGAGCGCGCGGUGUGCGCGGUGCUCGAGCGCGUCGCAAGGGAGGUGGGGGCGGGCGAGAAUAUCGGCGCGGUCGCGAUCGCGUAUGUGAUGCACAAGGCGCCGUUCGUGUUCCCCAUUGUGGGCGGGCGCAAGGUCGAGCAUCUGUUGCAGAACGUGGACGCACUCAAGGUCAGCCUGACGGAGGAGCAUAUCAAGGCGAUCGAGGCUGCAAAGCCGUUCGAUAUGGGGUUCCCCGCAGGGAUCAUUGGCAACUACGGCAGUAUACCCUUCUUGAUAUCUUCGCAGGCGAAGAUUGAGCCUCCGAAUCUCCUUCAGGCGAUCUCGCCUUCGAGAACUGCGUAG